AGCCUGUUUGUUCACUUCAAACCCCGUUGACUUCUAAUACGGACAUUGCAAGAGGGUCUAGCGUUCAUAUCCGAACCUUCCCGCGACUGACUCUAACCGCAAUCUCCAGGCGCCACAAUUCGCUGUUCUUAAGGGUGUUGCGCAACCUAUCUCACUAUGGCCGUACUGUCUUGGCAAGUAAUAGCAUUCGUGUUGAUAAACUGUAUUAUUCUCGCCACUAACUUUGCUCAUGGUGGAAUUCUGUCAAGUACGAGUCCGGAGCUUGCCCCCGUGAGUAACACAUCGAUUGAAUCAGUAAACAUAACUAAUCCAGACGAGCACGCCAACCAGAUGACCACCCGGCUCUUCGUGGGGCAAACAGCUCCGGUAGACGGUGUGGAAAGUGCGGCUGAAGAGGGGGUGCCACCACCGAAACGCGCCGGACAGUACAACCUAAACAGCUCGCCAAAAGACAGCGGGGAAAAGUCGCAUGGAAAACACAAAGCUGCUGGACAAUCCAAAGCCGAGUCGGUGUCUACUUCCGAGUCGACCGACCCCCCUUCCAACCCGUUCCUCAUCGGGGAAAAAGAGAGAAUUGCCCGGCUAGAGAUGUUCAAAGAGUCGUUCUUACAGAAGUUGGGUCUCAAAGCUCCUCCCAAUGUCACGCAACCUAAACCCAAUUUACCGUCCGUUGUGCUGAGCCGGCUGCUGAACAGAGAGCAGAAUGACCAGCCGCGUCUUCAAGACACUAAGCCAAGGAAGGUCGUCGUGUUUGCUGAGGAAGGUGAAGUGGUAUGUGGGGUCGAUGUUGAUGACAGUUCAUGCUUCAAGUUCGACGUUACAGAUGCGCUGGAUAACUCUGUCGUAAGUUCUGCAUUAAUUUGGGUCUACAUCACGCAUGCGCCCGAGGGCUCAUCCGUCGUCAUCAGCCGACCGAAGCAUCACUAUGGCAACGGUCGGGUCCUCGUCACCCGAAAGCUGUACUCUCAAGAAGGAUGGGUGGAGGUGGAGAUCCCGCUGGAACGUCACAAAUGGAACCGCCAGCAGCACUACUUCGUGGUCACUACAAAACCCACCCACGAAAUUGGGAACCGCACCGUGUCCAGGGAAUCCAGCCUGCGUCCCAUGCUGAUGAUGACACUGACCCGGAAAGAGUGGUCGCACCGGACGCGCCGGAGCACCGGACUGUGCACCGCCAAUCAGACCUCGUGCUGCGUCAAGGACUUUAUGGCGGACUUCAGACUGAUUGGCUGGUCAUCCUGGAUCAUCCGGCCAUUAGAGUUCAACGUACGGUACUGUACCGGGAGUUGCGGCGCAGCCACCCGUAACUACCUGUCGGAUCACGCGGAGGUGGUAUCACUUCACAUAGAGAACAAUGCUGGGGGAACCGACAUGGCUAUGUGCUGCGUUCCGAAAGACAUCAGUGGAAUGGAGGUGAUUUACCUAGAAAACAAUAGCGUGCACACAACUACCAUAAACGUUAUCGUCGAAACGUGCGGUUGCGCGUAGUCCUCUAAUAAUAGCUGGACAUUAGAGCAAAGGAAAUAACACAUUCGAAUCGUGCUUGUAAUUUAACAACCUAAGCGGAGCGCAUGUUUUUUUCUCUCUACAUCAAAAUUGCCACUGUGGUAGUGCUGUGGUAGGGUUUUUUGUGAGUCGAAUAAAAAAGGAACACCCCCCCCCCUAAAAAAAAGGACAAUUUUGGAGAAACUACAGAAAACAGAAUUGCAGUCGGAGUAGUGCUUUGGUUACGAAAAUGUGGCUUGGAUCGAAUCGGAAAAUUAAGCCGUGUAAACUAUAUAAGCCAGGGAUAUAUGGAAUCGGCUAUGGUUUUGGUUAAUGGCUGCGAGUGGAGCGUAGAAGAAUUUAUUUGUCUUAAUAAAAUGGGGAUAAGGACUGACAAAAUGACGAGAGUGGGAUAUGAACCUGUAACCUCCGAUUGAACGUGCCGGGUGGAUUUCACAAAGAGUUAACGGGAAGGUACACGUUUGGUAAUUGUCAAAGACCAGUCUUUGAACUUGG